AUGCGGGUGGCGGGGCGUCACGUCCUGGCGGCGGUGCACAGCGACCCGGCGUCCAUGAUGGCGUCCUACCUCGACUUCACGAGCGACGCAGCCUUCAUCGUCACCCUCCGAGGCAUCGAGUUCGCCGAGCUCGCGAACCAAGGCCGCGCGUGGACCCGCAUCAGCCCCCCGCUCCAGCACUUUGAACGGACCACGGGGGCGGCCACGGGCACCGCGGACUACCGCACGCUGCCCGUGCACCUCCACUCGCCCGCGCAGUCCGCGCGGCUCCUCGCGGACGCCAUCGCGGCGGAGAUCGAGCGCUCUCUCGACAAGGGCCGUGCCGCGCCGUCCAUCUGGCACCGCGGCAUUGAGAAGUACGUCGCGGACGCGCCGUACGUCAAGGGGUACAAGGUGCGCAUCAAGGGGCGCAUCGGGAAGGGCAAGGCGCGGACGCUCAAGUUCACGGGGGGGUCUUUUGGCACCAGCGGGCACAAGGGGGAGUUUAUGCAGGAGGCGGUCGCGCACGCGCGGAUCCGGAUGGGCGUCGCGGGCGUCAAGGUGUGGCUCGUGUUCCACUCCGGCCCGAUGGGCCCGAUGGGCACGCUCGACUACGAGCGCGCGCGCUACUGGCGCGAGUAUGCAGCAAGCGCAGGCGCCGAGAGAGCCACCGAGCGCUUCGGAGACCGGAUCGGGCCGCGUCCGGGUAGGCGUUGA